AUGCCGCACCUCGACGACCUGCUGCGUGCAGAGUACCGCGCCGUUUUCCUUGACGCCGUCAGCCAUGGCCGCGCCAAGCCGUUUGUGGUGCCGUACUGUAUCCUGGGCAUCUAUGUGAUUCCCGCCGUGUGGCUGGCCAUUCCGCACACCUCACGGCCCUGGGUGUACUGGACCAGAUGGCCCGUCGUCGCCUUCUUGAUCUGGUUCAACAUGCACAUCCUUCUCCACACUUCGAGUACCAACUUUUCCUAUUCUUACGCGGCCGGGCUGGCGCCGGCCUGGGGUAUCAUGCUAUCCCUGAAUUUUCUCAUCUGGAAAAGGCCACAGUUUGAGGCUGCCAGGGUCAUCAAGGUGCCCAAGUCGACCGACAAGGCUCCCGUCAACGAGGACCAGGUCUUGCCGGCUCAGCAGGUCGUGCCGGCUCAGCAGGUCGUGCCGGCUCAGCAGGUCGUGCCGGCUCCCAACCAUCUUCCUUCUGCCAGCGAGGACGCUUUGCGGAAGCGGAACCCAGGCUCAGCAACCCCAACGCACGCGCACGCGCAGGCGCACGCGCACGACACAAUCCGCGACGAAAAAUCUCGUGAGGAGAGCUAUGAAUACAGAUGGCAGACGUUUCCCCGCGACGCCCCCUUCUUGGAGCGGCUCGGAUGGACCCUGGACUUGGUGUCUAGCUGCCGCGGUGCCGGCUGGAAUCAUAGCAUCAACUCCAUUCCACGUCCAGACAUUCCCCCAGUUAUCCGCCCCAAUGCCAAAGUCGACAUCACCACUGUUCCACGUCAAACCUCCAGCGGAUACGUUCGCCCUCUCGGGGUGGCCGACUUUCUCCGUGAUCGCCUCACCACCAUUUUCUUCACCUACCUCAUCCUCGAUUUUCUCCUCAUCCAGAUGGUGACGGAUCCGUACACAUUAUCCGGCCCCGACAGGAGCUUGUCGACCACCUCUUCUCCACAGCAACAUUAUCCGCCAUGGGCUCAAACCUUUUACAGGGAAUGCCUCUCGCUUGUUUGCAUCUGGUCCACCAUCACCUUGCUAUUCGCCUCAAAUGACCUUGUACUGUACCCCAUCUUUAGAACCUUCUUCCCGUCAAGAGCCGCACUUUGGCAAUUCCCGACUACCUUUGGAGGCAUCGCCCAAGUUCCCAAUCGUGGACUCGCAGGUUGGUGGGGUGCCUGGUGGCAUCAAACUUUCCGACUCUCGUUUCUCGGUCCGUCCGUCUACCUUAUCAACAAGGGAUACAUUAGACGAGGCAGCAAAGCUGCCGAUGCGUUCGGCUUGUUCAUUUCCUUCUUCCAGUCAAGCUUGUUGCAUGUGGCGGGGUCCUUCACGGCCCUCCCCCCCACCAAACUUUGGCGACCCAUGGCGUUUUUCCUGCUCCAGGGCGUUGGCAUAUUCCUUCAGCAGCAGUUAAUCUCGGUUCUCAAGAGGCCUUGCGUCAACGCCCCGCGUCUGGUGAGACAGACGGGAAACGUGCUCUUUUGUCUGCUGUGGCUCUGUCUAACGGCUCCUAUGUUCUUGGAUGACUUGGCUUCAGCAGGGUUGUGGCUUCAUGAACCCAUUCCGAUAUCGCCUUUCCGUCUCCUGGGCUUUGGGCGUGCGGGUGAUCACUGGUGGCGGUGGGAUCGUCAUACUCUACCAAGAUGGAGUCCAGCCAAGCAUUGGUGGGAAGUUGGUAUUGCUUUGUAG